UAUUACUACUUUUUUUACAAUUUGAUUUACAGUUUCACGAUUUUAAACUUGACGUAAGUUGUUUUUUUUUUUUAAUAGACUAUUGCUUAUUGUGUAGGUUGUUUAGUAGAGAUGUUACAAACUAUUUUUUUUUUUUCAAACCAAAAUCAGGGUAGUGUUUUAAUCAGUUUUUAAAUCAAACAAAAAAUUGUAGGUAUUUAAUAAAAUGUAUUAUUGUAGGAUAAUUUAUUUAUUUAUUGAUUAAAUAUAAUAUAUUAUGUAAUUAAAGGUAAAUACAAAUAAUAUUAAAUUGGUUAACUUUUUACAGAAUGAUAUGUAUAUUUUUAUAUUUAUAUUUAUAUCAAAAUUAAAUAAUUCAACAAUAUCAAACCAAUCUACUUUCCAAAUUGAAUAAAACAAAUUUAAAUUAAAUUUUGAAAAAAUGUUUGAUGGAAUUUCAAAUUUAGAAAAACUUAAUGUUUUGAAGAAAUGUUUCUCUAUCACCCAAACCCAUUUUAGCUGCUUUAAAAAAUGAACAAAUUUUACCAGUAACAUGAUAUUUUUUAUUUUAUUUCCAUUUAUAUCUAUUUUUGAAUAUGUAUGAUAAACAUUAUAUUAUUUUGCCUAGUUAAAAAGUUAAUUUGUUUCAUUUUCACAAAUAGUUGAAUAAUGUCAAAAAAAAAUUAUAAGCUGACUUGCCUUUUUUCAUUUGUGUCACCAAAAUAAAUAAAUAAAUAAAUAAUAAUAAAACAAAUUUAAAUUAUAAAAUCAAAAAUCAAGUAUCAUCCAAUUUUUGAAUUCUAAAAUUAAAAGCAUAAAUUAUGUCUUAGAAUAUCUUAUAGUGAAAGUCUCAUUAAAAUUGGUUAACAGUCUCUGAGAUUAGCCCGUCAGUGUUAUUUAUAUCAUUAUAUCUAUAGACUAUAUGGUAUUUCUUGGAUUCACUCAGGUUAUGAUCCAAUAAUUUUUCCAUUAUAAUUACCAUAUUUUUAAAUUUAUUGUGAUUUUAGAUUUUUGUACACAACUUUUCUAUCGAAAAUCAUACAAUACUAAUCAAACAAUUUAUAGGAAAUUUCUUGUAACAUUUUUGAUCUAGUUAGAACAUUAAAUGGCCAUUUUUUGAUUUCUCUUGUAGUUUUUUUAAUAAAUUAAAAAAACUGGCAUUUUUAUUAAUUCCUUGGUUACUUAGGCAAUAAAGAAAUUUAACAAGGUAAUCCAAAUCUCAAAAAAAAUUUAUCUUUCAUAUUAUAUCAAAAAUCUUGUCCAGCCACUUCCAUAUAAACAUGUUCAAAAUGCUGUGUAUGAUAAAUCCAAUUGUAGAUCAAUUACAGACAUACAAACACUUUUUUGUUAUUAUAGAUUAUCUAUGUAAAAUUCACAUAAUAUAAAUCAUCAUAUUUAUUUACUUAUACUUAAUACUACAAUUAAAUUAAAUUAUUAUUAUUAUUAUUUAUUUAUUUAUUAUUUUUAAUAUUUGUUUUAUAUUUCAUUACAGAUUUAUUUUCAUUAAAAAUACGAAGUCAUUAUGUCAACCCCGGCUAGACUCCGGUUGAUGGUAGAUUUCAAAAACUUGCAAGAAGAUCCCCCAGUUGGUAUCGGCGGAACUCCAUCAGAUAAUAAUAUUAUGUUGUGGAAAGCUGUUAUAUUUGGGCCUCCUGAUACUCCUUUCGAGGAUGGCAUAUUCAAACUGACAAUUGAAUUUACUGAAGAAUACCCCAACAAGCCGCCAACUGUGAAAUUUAUAUCCAAGAUGUUCCAUCCAAAUAUUUAUGCUGAAAAUGGAGACAUUUGCCUUGAUAUAUUGCAGAACCACUGGAGUCCUACAUAUGAUAUUGCUGCAAUCUUAACAUCUAUUCAGUCUCUUUUGAGUGAUCCUAAUCCUAACUCUCCUGCUAAUUCUUUGGCUGCUCAGUUGUACAAGGAAAACCGUAAAGAGUAUGAUAACCAAGUUAAAAAAUGUGUUGAACAGAGUUUAAUUGAUUAAAAACAAGAUAUUUACUAAUCUUAAAAAAUAUAUAAUUAUAAUAGUUCAGUCUUGAUAAUUAAUAUUAAUUUUUUUAAUUUUAUUCCUGUGAC